AUGACUCCCAGGCUGAGCAACCUGUUUCCCUGGAGGAACCGAUCUCAACGGUCACCCGAAGCCGCGCAGAUGCUGGCGCUGUUUCAUGAGGUGGUGAACGAGAGGAACGACCUCGACCUGAAAUUGAAAUAUGCUCUGGAAACCAUAAAAAUGCUACAGUCUCAGAUAGCGGAGUACGAUUUCCUUCUGCUGCAGACACAGUCACACAUGUUGAAGAAGCGCAGACAGAAAACCCCGGAGAAGCAGCACUUGGGCAACAACAACGAGAAGCCCCCAGUGGAAACUCAUCGUUACCACUCGUGGAUUGCCGGCAUCUGGCUGUGUUCUGCAGACACCUUCAACUAUCUGGAAGAGUUAGAGAGACUGUGGGUACAGGGCCAGACACAACGGGCAAUCAACGCCGCAUUUCGGUUGCUUGCCACUCGCAGGAAGACUGACGUUGUGAACAAAUUGCGCUGUCGUCUAUUCCUCUCUGCCGUCUACCACAGCUGCCAGCGAUAUCACGAGUCAGAAAAACAGCUCGAGGUUGUGAUCGAAAUGCUCAACGAGCCUGACUUCUCUCGGCCUUCGAUGAUCAAGGAGCUAGCUGGGAUUGCCCGAUUCAUUCAAGGAUGCAACUGGCUAGCCACUGGAGAAUUACAAGCUGCAUACUGGGCAUUUGCUCGUGCCUUACACACCCCGGGCUACCAUGAUAGAGCUAGGGACCUCCAGAAAGAGACUGUUAACCGCUGUGCCGAGGAAGGGGUGCAGCCAUCCAGCGGGACUUACUCGGCAUCCCCGUUCUCGGCUGAAUCGAAAAAGGCCGACUGGGCUUCUGCGCCGCAGUCGCAAGGGUCAGUCCAUUCAGGCCCGGCUUUUGAAAAUGUCCGGGAGAUCUGA